CCUGCAGAGCACCGCCUCCACCAUGUCCAAGAAAGGGCCCGGCGGGCGAGCGAAGGGGGAGCGCCUCGAUGCCCUCGCCUCGCUGCAGGCGGCCAAUGAGGAGCUGAGGGCCAAGCUUACAGACAUCCAGAUCGAACUGCAGCAGGAGAAGAGCAAGGUCAGCAAAUUAGAGCGGGAGAAGACCCAGGAGGUGCGGCACGAGCAGCACAAAGCGACGGUGGUGGUGACGGAGCUGCGGGCCAAACUGCACGAGGAGAAGAUGAAGGAGCUGCACGGCCUGCGGGAGGCGCUGCUGCGGCAGCACGAGUCCGAGCUGGUGCGCAUCAUCCGGGUGAAGGAUGGCGAGAUCCAGCGGCUGCAGAUGCUGGUGAACACGCUGCGCGAUGGCCCUGCCGAGAAGCUGCGCAGCGCCCUGCUGGCGGAGGCCCGCGAGGAGGCCCGGCGCGCCUUCGAGGGGGAGCGCGGCCGCAUGCAGAAGGAGAUCCACGAGCUGAAGGCCGUCAAGCGGCACACGGAGGAGGCUCUGAUGGCCGCUGUGCAGGCCGACAAGGACAAGGCUGCCGAGAUCCGCAGUGUUUACCACCUGCACCAGGAAGAGAUCGGCCGCAUCAAGCGGGAGUGCGAGCGAGAGAUCCGCCGGCUGGAACAGCAGUUGGACGAAAAGGACGCUCGCCGCUUCCAGCUCAAAAUCGCCGAACUGAGCGCCAUCAUACGCAAGCUGGAGGACCGCAAUGCUCUGCUGUCUGAGGAGCGCAACGAACUGCUCAAGCGUCUACGGGAGGCCGAGGGCCAGUACAAGCCCCUGCUGGACAAGAACAGACGGCUGAGCAGGAAGAACGAGGAACUGGCCCACGCCUUCAGACGCAUGGAGAACAAGCUGAGAUUCGUGACGCAGGAGAACAUCGAGAUGAGGGAAAAGGUCGGGACGAUUCGGCGACCCAGCUCUCUGAACGACCUCGACCAAAGUCAGGAAGAGCGGGAGAUUGAGUUCCUACGGCUGCAGGUUGCCGAGCAGCAGAACAUCAUCGACGACCUGUCGAAAGCCUUUGAAACGGCUGGAUACGUGAAAAGCGUGAUCGAACGAGACAUGCUGCUGAGGUAUCGCCGACAGAGGAAGAAGUUCAUUAAGCCCUGUAAGAAGCCGGUGGUGGAGACGUUUUUCGGCUACGACGAAGAAGCUUCCCUGGAUUCGGACGGCUCCUCGAUCUCCUACCACACGGAUCGGACCCCAUGCACCCCGGAUGACGAUCUGGAGGAGGGCAUGAUGAAGGAGGAGACGGACCUGCGCUUCCGGCAGCUCACCAUGGAGUACCAGGCCCUCCAGCGGGCUUACGCUCUGCUCCAGGAGCAGGUCGGGGGGACAUUCGAUGCCGAGAGGGAAGUCAAGACCAGAGAGCAGAUGCAAGCUGAGCUCAUGCGAUACCAGACGAGAAUUGAAGACCUGGAGCUCACCAUGGCACACCAAGGCCAGGACGUGAAGUGGAUAGAGGAGAAACAGGCAUUAUACCGGAGAAACCAGGAGCUGUUGGAUAAGAUCAAGCAGAUGCAGAUGGAGGAAUCGCGUCUGAAGCAUGACAUCCAGGACGCAAAAGACCAGAAUGAACUGCUAGAAUUCCGCAUCCUGGAGCUGGAGGAUCGUGAGAGGAGGUCCCCGGCCAUCAAUUUCCACACCAUCCACUUUGCGGAGGGCGUAAGCCCCUUGCAGGUUUACUGCCAGGCGGAGGGUGUCACCGACAUCGCCAUCGCAGAGCUCAUGAAAAAGCUGGACAUUCUUGGGGAUAACGCCGUAAGUAACCUGACCAAUGACGAGCAAGUGGUCGUUAUCCACGCUAGGACUGUAUUAACCUUGGCUGAAAAGUGGCUUGAGCAGAUAGAGGUCACCAAAUCAUCCCUGCAGCAAAAAAUGUUGGACAUCGAGAACGAGAAGGUCCACUUCAGCAAGCAGAAGGGCUACCUGGAUGAAGAGCUGGACUUCAGGAAGCAGUCGAUGGAUCAGGCACACAAAAGAAUCCUCGAGCUGGAGGCCAUGCUGUUUGACGCUCUGCAGCAGGAAGCGGGAGCCAAGGUUUCGGAGUUGCUGUCGGAAGACGAGCAGGAGACGCUGCGGAGGUCUGUGGAGCAGUGGAAGAGGCAGGUGAUGAGUGAACUCAGGGAGAGGGACGCCCAGAUUCUGCGAGAGAGGAUGGAGCUGCUCCACCAUGCCCAGCAGAGAAUAAAGGAACUAGAAGAGUGGAUAGAAGCACAGAAACGACAGAUAAAAGAGCUGGAGGAAAAGUUUUUAUUUUUAUUUUUGUUUUUUUCUUUAGCCUUCAUUCUUUGGUCGUAGUUUUCCAGCAAACCGAGGAGGUGCUUAAAUAUCUGUGUACGGCGGUACGUUGUUCUUCGGUUACCAGGUCUGCAAAUAUUUUUUCGGCGUCUUACGAAAUACGACGGGAUUCGACCCAAGAUUCCCCCUGACUAUGUAUAUGCUCGUUUGCGAAGAUUUUCUGUAUUUGUGGGAAAAGCGGCCAAAAUACGUGACAUUGCGCUCCAACGCGCUUCUAAAUCCAAGGAAAUACUCGACAGCUUUGUCCUGGACCCUAGAAGAUUUCAAACUCUUUUUUUUUGCAAUGUAUCCUUUCGAAACCCGGAGAAACUAUCGCCCGUGGAGGCAGAUUAGAAAUCAUCCUGCAUGGGAAUUAAAGGACUUUUUAAACGACGCUUUAUUUGUCCCUGCUAAGCAGGCGGUAUUACGGGUUGCUUCCGUGUGGAAGCAUGAAGGAGGAGAGAGACGGACCUGGUCGGCUCCCUGUGUCCCGCGAUUCCCGGUGGCCAGAUACGGUGGAUUAUGUUAGGGUCCUCAAUAUUAGUAUUUGAAACUAAAUACAUGCCAAACAAUGGAAUCAUCAAUGUCUUUUUUCCCUUUGUAUUUGAUUUAGGUUUUAAAAAAAUUAUCGAAACGGUAAACGACCUAUGAACGGACAGUUUUGAAUUGAAGAAAUCUCAAGCAAAAAUAAAGUCGUUGAGGCUUUUAUUUGGCCCGAAACAUUUACCUCAUUCACAUGGUGCUUUUGAGACAAUUACUAUUAAAGUCCUGUUGUGAGGAAGCCUGAAAUAAGCAGUCGUUGAAGGACCGAAGCCUGCUCCGUGGUCCAGACAGCAGGUACACAGGUGAAGAGAACAACUGAAGACGCGAGGAAAUAAAAAGUCGUUUGAAUGCGUGAAUGAAUGCAAUGUGAUCCUCGAUUAUACAGUCAAAUGAACGAUGCUCCGGAUCUGAAAAAUAAAGAAGCAAACAUUUCACGUUACAGUGACCUUGAUUCAUACAACGAAACCGAUUCAAAGCAGGGUUUGAGGUCAAUACGAGAGUCUUCACUUGGCACUGGAUCCCCGCUCCUACCCCCGUGAAUGUACGAACAGAUUUUCUCGGGAGGAUUUUCCUCCGACAAUUAAUGGCCUUUAAACACCUCUUGGCCGGAUUCUGCAAUUCCCAAGACUCUGGUAAUCCGAGCCAGAUGGCGUCGGUGCCUCCCCUGCCUUUUGGGUGCCCCCGGAGUGGCCAGAUGGACCAUGACUGACUUCUAAUUGGUCGUGGGAAGUAGAUAAUUGACAUCAGCUGGUGAUGAUCAGCUGGCACCAGAGGAUUGUCAGGGAGAUGGUUCUAAUAGGAGGAAAUAAGGAUGUUCUCUUGCCAGCUGUUUCCACUGCCAGGAUUCUCCUGCCAACUAGAAACUGCUGCCAAUCAGGGCCGGCGUUUCCCGUCAGGCGGUCGCUGCUCUGACGUCGUGCACGGCCAUCUCCUAUAAAUCAGUGAUUCGGAUCUGGAUCCUAGUACCGGUGUCGGUCCAGGGUGUCAUCGGCUCUCACACGAAGAGGGCACUUCAGAGGGGAACAGUUCUCCAAGCCUCAACCACAGACAUCGCCUGGCCUCAACCUCCAACCUCUGCUCUGUGACACAAGGGCGAAGGACAAGUCAUUGAACAUCUACAGGUGUUUGACAGGUGAUUCCAAGGCGGACCCAAUUCGCUGUUCUGCAUCAACUACCCGGUACCUCACUGCAUCUAGUCCUCGUUGUACCUGGCGUGCACCAUGCCUCUUCUUAGUCCUGGGUGCAGGAGACCCAUGUGAGAGGUGAACAUGUAACUAUGUGGAUGUUUCGGUCCAGAGAUUCCGGCGUUUGAGGUUCACCUGCCUGAAUCAUGCUGGCCAAUCAUUACCUUCUGUUACUUGUGCAGUAGCUUCUGUGCUUUUACCGUAAAGCAUUAUGGUGUCGUCGCUACAUCGCUCCUUCCCACUUCCACAGCACACGGCAGAGUUCAUUCACAAUACCGACAGAGAGUUUCAAAGCUGAGUGAUUGACUGUUCUAUGCAGGCACUUCUAUAACUGCCUUAAUUUAAAUUAUUUUUAUGAGGAAUUUACGACCUUAUGGCCUUCUUGGAGAAAAAGGUUUGGUUCUUUCUUUUUUUCUUUGUUUUUUUGCACGAUGUGUUAACUUGGACUGAAAGCAGAUGUAUUUCUCUGUAUAGCUGAAGUGAGGGCGAAUUAAAGUUAUCACAUGUGA